GUUACUGUUGGGAACAGACCCAUGUAUGGAAGCGAAAGCCGAAAGGCACAGAUAAGCAGAGAUCCAGCUAUGCAAACCAUGUUUAGAGACACUUAAAGGACAAGCAUCCCAGGUCCUUUCUUUCUGGUAAAUUUGGAGAAACCAUCACCCCGGGUCUUUUUUCACAUCCAGCCCAUGCGGACUGAUCAGCCCGGCUCCACAGAGUAGGUUGGGACAGUUGGAACUCUGCCAUUGUCCAACAUGCUGCGAUUCAGUCUCUCACCCACCUUUUCGAUGGGAUUUCAUGUGUUAGUCAUGGUGGCUCUCUUGUUUUCCCACGUGGAUCAUAUAAGCGCUGAGACAGAAAUGGAAGGAGAAGGCAAUGAAACCGGCGAGUGUACUGGCUCCUAUUACUGUAAGAAAGGGGUGAUUUUACCCAUUUGGGAGCCCCAAGACCCUUCCUUUGGGGACAAAAUUGCUAGAGCGACUGUGUAUUUUGUGGCCAUGGUCUACAUGUUUCUCGGAGUCUCUAUCAUUGCCGACCGAUUCAUGUCCUCUAUAGAAGUCAUCACGUCUCAAGAAAAAGAAAUCACCAUAAAGAAACCCAACGGAGAGACCACCAAGACAACUGUGAGGAUCUGGAAUGAGACGGUGUCCAACCUGACCUUGAUGGCCCUGGGAUCUUCAGCUCCAGAGAUUCUCCUUUCAGUAAUUGAGGUGUGUGGCCAUAACUUCACUGCAGGAGACCUCGGUCCUAGCACCAUUGUGGGGAGUGCCGCAUUCAAUAUGUUCAUCAUUAUUGCACUUUGUGUUUACGUCGUCCCAGAUGGGGAGACGAGGAAGAUUAAGCAUUUGCGUGUGUUCUUUGUGACAGCAGCCUGGAGCAUCUUUGCCUAUACCUGGCUUUACAUCAUUUUGUCUGUCAUCUCUCCUGGGGUCGUGGAGGUCUGGGAAGGUUUGCUUACUUUCUUCUUCUUUCCCAUCUGUGUUGUGUUCGCUUGGGUGGCAGAUAGGAGGCUUCUGUUUUACAAGUAUGUCUACAAGAGGUACCGGGCUGGCAAGCAGAGGGGAAUGAUUAUUGAACAUGAAGGAGACAGGCCAUCUUCCAAGACAGAAAUUGAGAUGGAUGGGAAAGUGGUCAAUUCCCACGUUGACAGUUUCUUAGAUGGUGCCCUAGUUCUGGAAGUCGAUGAGAGGGACCAAGAUGAUGAAGAAGCCAGGCGAGAAAUGGCUAGGAUUCUGAAGGAACUCAAGCAGAAGCAUCCGGAGAAGGAAAUAGAGCAAUUGAUAGAAUUAGCCAACUACCAGGUCUUAAGUCAGCAGCAAAAAAGUCGAGCAUUUUACCGAAUUCAGGCUACCCGCCUGAUGACCGGAGCAGGCAACAUUUUAAAGAGGCAUGCGGCUGACCAAGCCAGAAAGGCCGUCAGCAUGCAUGAGGUCAACACGGAAGUGGCUGAAAAUGACCCCGUCAGUAAGAUCUUCUUUGAACAAGGAACAUAUCAGUGUCUGGAGAACUGUGGUACGGUAGCCCUGACCAUUAUCCGCAGAGGUGGUGAUUUGACCAACACUGUGUUUGUCGACUUCAGAACAGAGGAUGGUACAGCCAAUGCCGGGUCUGAUUACGAAUUUACCGAAGGAACUGUGGUCUUUAAGCCUGGUGAGACCCAGAAGGAAAUCAGAGUCGGCAUCAUCGAUGACGACAUCUUUGAGGAAGAUGAGAAUUUCCUUGUGCAUCUCAGCAACGUCAAAGUAUCUUCUGAAGCCUCGGAAGACGGCAUCCUGGAAGCCAAUCAUGUCUCUACCCUCGCUUGCCUGGGAUCUCCCUCCACUGCCACCGUGACUAUUUUUGACGAUGACCACGCAGGCAUCUUUACUUUUGAGGAACCUGUGACUCACGUGAGUGAGAGCAUUGGCAUCAUGGAGGUGAAAGUAUUGAGAACAUCUGGAGCACGCGGAAAUGUUAUCGUCCCCUAUAAAACCAUUGAAGGGACCGCCAGAGGCGGAGGAGAGGACUUUGAGGACACGUGCGGAGAGCUCGAGUUCCAGAACGAUGAAAUUGUCAAAACAAUAUCAGUCAAGGUAAUUGAUGAUGAGGAGUAUGAGAAAAACAAGACCUUCCUCCUUGAGAUUGGCGAGCCCCGCUUGGUGGAGAUGAGUGAGAAGAAAGCCCUGUUAUUGAAUGAGCUUGGUGGCUUCACAAUAACAGACGAAUAUGACGACAAGCAGCCGCUGACCAGCAAAGAAGAGGAGGAGAGGCGCAUUGCAGAAAUGGGGCGUCCCAUUCUGGGAGAGCACACCAGGCUGGAAGUGAUCAUCGAAGAAUCCUAUGAGUUCAAGAGUACCGUGGACAAACUUAUUAAGAAGACAAACCUAGCCCUCGUGGUUGGGACGAACAGCUGGAGAGAGCAGUUUAUCGAAGCGAUCACUGUCAGUGCUGGGGAAGAUGAUGACGACGAUGAAUGUGGGGAGGAGAAGCUGCCCUCCUGCUUCGAUUACGUGAUGCACUUUCUGACUGUGUUCUGGAAGGUUCUCUUCGCCUUCGUCCCCCCUACAGAAUACUGGAAUGGCUGGGCGUGUUUCAUCGUCUCCAUCCUCAUGAUUGGCAUACUGACGGCUUUCAUCGGAGACCUGGCUUCCCACUUCGGCUGCACCAUCGGCCUGAAGGAUUCGGUGACCGCGGUAGUGUUCGUCGCACUUGGAACGUCAGUGCCAGACACAUUUGCAAGCAAAGUGGCCGCCACCCAGGACCAGUACGCAGAUGCGUCCAUAGGUAACGUCACGGGCAGCAACGCAGUGAAUGUCUUCCUGGGAAUUGGCGUGGCCUGGUCCAUCGCUGCCAUCUACCAUGCAGCCAACGGGGAACAGUUCAAAGUGUCCCCUGGCACGCUGGCUUUCUCCGUCACUCUCUUCACCAUUUUUGCUUUCAUCAAUGUCGGGGUGCUGCUGUAUCGGCGGAGGCCAGAAAUCGGAGGUGAGCUGGGUGGGCCCCGGACUGCCAAGCUCCUCACAUCCUGCCUCUUUGUGCUCCUGUGGCUCUUGUACAUUUUCUUCUCCUCCCUGGAGGCCUACUGCCACAUAAAAGGCUUCUAAAGGAACAAUCAGAUGUAGUAAAUUUAUAUAUAUAUAUACAUAUAUAUACAUAAAAAAUUAUGUAUAACGAACAGAAGAAACUGACAUUUGUCAUGUCCACUUACCUGCUGAUGGAAUCCAGCUUCACGAGCAGACUCUGUACUAGGGCCGGAGUGAGAAGGCAUCACCUCCUGUUCCCAGGGGCGUCGUCAGGUUGAACCAGGCGUGGAGGCAGGGCCAUCUUUGCAGCUCAGCCUCUGAGGGCUGUGUUCUCUCCGGGUUCAUAAAUCGUAAAGUCUUUGAUUUGUUUUCUGUUUGUUUUUGCUUGUUUGGGGGGUGGGGUUGGGGAGGUAGUUGAUGUUAGGUUUUUGUUUUGGUUUUUGGGGGGAGGAUCAGGGUUUUUGCUUCUCUUGUGGGAGGUGAUGACCAAUCUAAAUGCAAAUGGGUUUUGGGUAAAAAUGGAAAUCAUUAAGAUAACGCUCCCUUCCCCCAAGCAUUUAAAAAAUUAUUUUGGAUUAAGAGAGGAAAUGGGCAUGGAAGAAGAAAGAAGCAUGUCUUCACCAUAUAACUAAAUUGCAUGCGCAUCUCUGGGAUGGGAGCAGAGGUGAAGCUGCCUCCAGGAAGAAACAUGGCAGCUGGAAUGGAGCCCAGAAAAGUCAUGGUCCUAGAUAGAGUCUGAUAGUGAAAGAUAGGCCUGGCACUCUUGUUCACCAGGUACAGGAACAUCGCGCCUAGAUUCCCAGGAACAUGCAAAAUCCUUUCUUAUCUCUUUAGCCCUGGACUGUGAUUAGGAAGGCCCUUAUAUUCUGGUGUUCCAGCCCUGCUAAGCCCCCAGACCCCCCCAUCCCAACCCUCCUGCUCACCUCCCCUCAUACAAACAGGAAGAAUAACCCCCUUCCAAAAGCACAUCAUCCUUUUCCACUUGCAUCAGUGUGUGUCCCAGUCCCACGUUGCUCUUGCCUGGGAUCGCCCGUCAGUUUUGUUUGCAAAAGCAUCCAUGGCCUGCACACUCCUGUUCCAGUCAUGACCGAACAUCUGCUCCUCCUUCAUGGGCCUGUUUGGGAAUGUUGUUGUGAUACCUGUUACACAGUGCAUGGAUGAAAAACAAAUACAACAAAACCAAGCGUCUCUGUACAUAGUAGAGUAUAGCACAUACCGUUCUCCCAUUGGGCAACGUUGAUUGAUGGGUCGUUGAAGACAUAAGUGAGUUUUCUUUUCACCUGAGUUGUAACUUUUGUGUUGUUAUUGAGUUUGAUUAGGGAUAAAAGGAGAAAAUGGCUUAUUCAUGGAUUGCAUGUUCAUUUCUAAGAAGCAAUAACUGUUACAUGGGAAGUUAAAGCUAUUGAGAGGACAGUAGGCAAAGUAUCUUCAUGGAAAAUUAGCCACUUGGUACACAUCAGAGCCUCAAAAACUCACCUGUUGGUUCAGGAAGGCCAAGGAGAAGGGCAUGUAGAGAAGGGGAUGCGUUAGAUGUGCCUGAGCUUUGAAAGCUUCCAUUCCCACAACACCCCUGCCCCCAAAGUAUUUAUUUCACAUCUGCUCUGUCUGGCACAGACGGUAGAUAGUGCUGGUUUGUUCAUUUUAUUUUUGUAUGUAAAAGGCAAUUUGGAGCCGUUUCUUUCACCAUCCAGACCCCUCUGAUUGUAUCUGCAGUUCCUGAGGAGGAAAGAAGCCGUGGUGAGCAACAGGCCUUUAAAAGUGUAUCUUCUCUACUUAGGACUAAGGAGGAAGCAAUUAAAUGGGAUGAUGAGUGCCUCCCAGGAGCAUUGCCCUGGGAGAUUUUUAACGCUGGAAAAGGAAUGGCUCUUUCUGUUUCACAGUAUCAGAGAGGGUGGAUAAACCCAACAUUCCAAAGCCAUGAGUCCACGAAUGAGGUAUAAAUGGAACGACUUAGGUCCCCUCUCAGACACUUCUCUAUCCAUAAAGAAUCCCAGGCCGGAGACACCCCUAAGCCCUCUGUAUUGAUUCAAAGAUCCUUAACUCUCAACAAUUUUAAUUUGUAUUUUCUUCCACUUAAUCAUCAGGCUCAUUCAUCAUUUAAUAAACAUUGGGUGACCGAAUGAAUAAUUAAAUGCUGGUUACCCACUCAAUAUGCCAGGUACUGUGCUACCUCCUGGGGACUAAACCAUGGACAAGACAGCCCAGAUCCCUGCCCAGAGGGGGUUAACGCAGUCACAUGGAAACAGUCUGAUCUUAGGAGAAAAACACAAUUCUGAAACCCUCUUGUCUAAACAUCUAAGAUUGUCUUUAACUGAGACAGUAUAAGGCAUAGGGUACGAAAAGCAGUCUAUGUAUCCUUAGCCCGUCUUGCAGAUCUGCACAUCUUCCCAUUUUAAACCAAGCAAGGCAAUUGUGCUGGUGAUCCAAUCACUGAGAAGGCCCAGUUAACCCCAAUUUUUAUCUUUCUUGGACAGCAGUGCUUUUCUAUGCCCCCCACGGCUCUACAAUUUCUCCUAUCUCUUGGAGCCCCACCCCUACCUGUCAUGGCCCAACAUACUGGUGGCCUAACUCCUUUGAGGGCAAACUCUAACCCUUUAUUUUUUUUUGAAGAGUUAUUAAAUAGAAAGCUAGCCUAGGAACACCAAGUAAAUUGUCAAGGGAUAGGAGUUGUUGAAACAUCAGAAAGACCUUGCCCUCCUUUCUAGCCAUAUUUGGAAUGUUAAUAAUCCCACAGCAAAUUUUCACAAAGGACUUUAAGAAAUCCUUGCCAUUGGUCAACUUCAAAGCUUUUUGGUUUGUUUGUUUGCUUUUUAAAUUUUCAUGUUUUCGAGACAAUAUGAUUCUGGUUGUUCAGGGUUGUAUUAGGAAUUAUAGUCGUGUAAAAUUCUUUUGUUUGAUUAUUUUGUGUGUAUUAUGCACAGCUUGGGGGGGAAGUGCACUAAUAGUGCUGUUCCUUAUAAAUGGUACACACUAUUGACACAGACAAAUAAAGUUUCUAAUUGUUUCUGAUUUAA